AAACCUUCAUCAAACACUUUUACUCAGUUCCAAAUAAGAAGGGUUCUUUAUUUUCUUUUGUGGUGGCCGAGGUUAGCUUCCACACCACAGGAGUCAAACCUUGGCCGCGUAAUUGAAAAAAAAAAAAAAAAAAUAUGGCAAUCGGAAAGAACUUUUUUGUUCUGUUUUAUUUGGCAGUCUUAAUCCCUACCCUGAAUGCCAAUCCCUUGGAGGAUGAUCAGUAUUGGAAGAACCAUGAAAACGAGUUUGAUACAUACUGGAAGGAUCGGGCACAAAAGGCUGCAGAGGACAAUAAAGCAGCAUACUUUGAAGAUCCAUAUUCAGUCUCGGGAAACUUCACUUCCUCUGUCAGCGAACUUAUAGUUGGGAAGGAUACGCGAAGGAGCUUGAAGGGAAAGAACGGUGACGGGGGGCCAUGCAUGGCGACGAACCCCAUUGACAGGUGCUGGAGGUGUGACCCCAACUGGGCCAACAACAGGCAGAAGCUUGCAGAUUGUGUUCAGGGCUUUGGAAGAAACACCGUUGGAGGAAAAGGUGGUCCGAUCUACGUGGUAACAGACCCUUCAGACGAUAACAUGGUUGACCUAAAGCCAGGAACUCUCCGCCAUGCAGUUACACGUAAUGGCCCGUUGUGGAUCAUCUUUGAACGCAACAUGAUCAUCCACCUGAAGCAGGAGCUCAUCAUGACCAGCAACAAGACCAUUGAUGGAAGAGGCGUUGAUGUCUACAUUUCCAAUGGUGCUGGCAUCACCAUCCAGUUCAUCAAGAACGUGAUCAUUCAUGGAAUUAAGGUCUACGACAUUUCCGUUCAUGGUGGUGGGCUGAUCAGAGAUUCUGAGACACAUUAUGGGCUCAGGACUCAGAGUGAUGGAGAUGGCAUUUCCAUCUUUGGUUCUAGCAACAUUUGGAUCGAUCAUGUUUCCAUGAGAAAUUGCUACGAUGGACUUAUCGAUGCCAUCAUGGGAUCCACUGCCAUUACGAUUUCCAAUAGCCAUUUCACAGACCACAACGAGGCGAUGCUGUUCGGUGCCAGCGACAGCUACGAUGCAGAUAAGAUCAUGCAAAUCACUCUGGCAUUCAACCACUUUGGGAAGAGAUUGAUUCAAAGGAUGCCCAGAUGCAGACAUGGUUUCUUCCAUGUGGUCAACAACGAUUACACUCACUGGGAAAUGUAUGCGAUUGGAGGGAGCAUGAACCCCACGAUCAUAAGCGAGGGUAACAGAUUCAUUGGCCCUGACAACAUAUAUGCUAAGGAGAUCACAAAGAGAGAAUACUCUCCUGAGAACGUGUGGAAACAAUGGCAGUGGAGAUCAAUCAACGAUGAGUACAUGAACGGAGCAUUUUUUGUGCAAUCUGGGCCUGAGCUUGUUAACAGACCAUUCUCAAGGCUAGACAUGAUCAAAGCCAAGCCAGGAAGUUACGUCGGAAGGCUUACACGCUAUUCUGGAAGCCUUAAGUGCAGAGUGGGUUUCCCUUGCUAAUUCAUUUUCCCAUUCUUUCUACUGAUCAGACAAAGCACUGCGUAUAUAUAUAUAU